UGUCUUUUCAGGGCUGCUACGACGUAUCUGUCAGUCAGAGCUAUCGAUAGUUCAACCGCUUCACAGACAAUCAUCGAUAGCAGGCUCUCAAUUGAAGUUUUAAAAAUCAAGGCUCCCAAAAUGAUUUCGUUAAUUUUAUACAUAUUUAUAUUUUUUACUGCUGCAGCAGAGCCCAAUUUAAAAGUAGUUAAGUACAAGAACUCGGUUGACACCAUCGUGAAGGACCUCAUCGACAACUGGCAGUCGCCACUUGUUUACCUGAAAAGUCGCGGCUACCUGCCGAAAGAUCUGCAGGAUGCGCCGGAACUGGAUUUUCAGCAGCUGCAGGAGAACUUAGUCCCGGAAUUGUCGCUAAUCGAUUUAGUUGGAUUAAACAAAGAUUCUAAAAGGGAGAUAGAAACUAAAAACAAAGUUUUUACCGAUCAGCGGUCUGCCCGUUCUCCCCAAGGUCCCAAAGAAAUGGACUUAAAAAGGAUGUUUCACUCGCUGUUCUCCUCAAAUGACAAGUCUGCAUCCGAGGAGAUUAAAUCCAAACUGGGUGUAUCAUGGGAUAUGAAUGCUUUAAAAUCCUCUGCUCGAUUGGGAGCCAAGAAAUACCUCGAGAAGUUCAACAGCAAGCGAAAUCAGGGGUUAUCUCUUUUGACAAAUGAUGCUCCAUCUGUGAGUUUCUCUACCCUACCCCAUAACGUGGGAAAGAAAAGCAAAGAAUCCGUGGAAAAGCCUGUCUACAAUAAACCGAACUUCCUCAAAGGCGUGGCCAAGAUUCUGGGCAAUCCAGAGAUCAGGUAUAAGGAUUGGGACUCAAAACCCGCCCUGGAAAUGUUACCGAAAGCCACGGGCAAGGUGAAUUGAGACGUAAAGUUGUUAAUUAAAUGUUCUUGUAGUUAAGAAAUGGUUUAGCCAAAGCACAAUUAAUUAGUUGGGGGAGGGUAACCUGCUAAUGCCAGAAGCAGACGCGAUUGAGCCGCCGCAAAUUUGAUAUUCAUGGCUGUCUGGUUAAUCUCUGUCAUUAGCAGAUGAGAUUGAAACCCGUUUAGUGGGCCAGGCAGCUUUGGCGCAGUAUAAAAGGCCGCUGGCCAUUGUUUCAUAACAAGUAGCUGCUCUAAAAUGCUGAAAUACGUGAGUUCAAUGGAUUGAGAUCGAACUUUUGGAUAUAUUAGUUAUUAGGUAUUUGUCUUCAGACCCUUAUCCUUGCCCUGCUGGUGGUUUUGA